AUGUUCAAGUCCGGCUUGUUCGGCCGCGCGAAAGGGACAAUGGGGGAAUCGAUCGAGGUGGAGGACAGUCUCGACUUGGAGUACGACAUGUGGGACGGCCAGUUCGACUUCGUGGGUCCCCAAGGGCCGCCGCCUUUGCGCGGUAGGAUUAUAUCCGACGUGAGCUUGACUGAGGACCUGUUCACCGGUGCACCGCUGACGCCCCACCUGACGAACGGGGUAAACGGCGGAAAGAAGACCGCCGCCCAUCAGUGGUGUGACAAUUUGUCGGAUCAAGUGCAGCUCCUGCAGCAACAGGUGACUUCCUUAGCGGACACGCAGAGCACCGCCGACGACAGGUACGCGAGGGCGAAGGCCGACAACGCAGUGCUGCAGGCCAGGGUCCACAUGCUGGACGAACAAAUUAGAGAGAUCGAGAGCCGUUGCGAGGAGCGGAUAGCGGAGGAGCAGAAGCGAUGCCGUGAGGCCAUCGCUCGCGUGGAAAGGGACCGAGAAGCCCAACUGGCGGCAAUCAGCGAUCGCCUGGCCGCCGCCGAAAACGAGGCCUCAGAUCUCAAGCAGGAGGUGGGCCGUUUGCGCGGCGUCGCGGAAACUCUACGCGCCAACGGCGAGGCGGCGACGCGGGCGCAGCGAGAGGCGCAAGAGGCGGUCGGCGAGCUGACGGCCGCGCUCAACGCCUCGCGGGAGGCGGAGAGGCGCGAGAGGGCGGCGGGCGCGACGCUCAGGGCGCAGCUGGCGAGCGCCGAGCGCGAAUUGCGGCGGGCGCGCGACGCAACGCCCCCUCCGCCCGACCCGCGCCUCGACGAGCUACGCGAGGAGCUCGCGCUGCUGCGCACGCAGAACAGAUCGCUUUCCGAGGCGCAGGAAGAGCUGCAAGCGCAAAUACUGACACGUGGCGUGGAGGAAGGCCGCAGCCUACUUAACGUCAGCGGCCCGCUAGUGGCCAACUCUCUUGCGCACGAGCUAUCGCAGAUGUCCGACCACGAGCCCGUUGGUAGCACACAAACUGAUCACAGCAUAGAGUUGGAAAAGUUGCAGAAAGCCUUGAAGGAGCAACAGGACGUCAACGUGCAAUUAAGGACCUACAUCGACGGUAUCCUAUUAGCCAUUGUUGAGAACUACCCGCAACUCCUAGAAGUCAAAUACCCAAAGCCAGAAGAGAGGUCA